GAGAGGGAGGGAGAAGGAGAGAGAGUCAAUAGAGACCACGCGCAGAGAAAAAAGAAGAAAAGAGAGAGUCUUUGUCUUUGUCUUCUUCCUAAUCCUUUUUCUCUCCCAUUAUCUUCGGCGAAUCAUGAAUCUAGGGUUUUGUUUUCUCCCACAACCCUAGAUUUUCUUCCUUGAUCAAUCAAUCACCAGAUUAUCUCAUUUCUUCUUCUCCGUUUUAGCUCAUCUUCCGAUUCAUCGCGAUUUCCAUGGAGGGAGCGGGAGAUACGACGACGUCGGAGGGGCAUUUGACUUCGGCAGCAGCUUUUGUUGAAGGGGGAAUUCAAGAUGCUUGUGAUGAUGCUUGUAGCAUUUGUCUUGAAUCCUUCUGCGAAAGCGAUCCAUCCACUUUGACUAGUUGCAAGCAUGAGUAUCAUCUUCAAUGCAUUCUUGAAUGGUGUCAAAGGAGCUCACAGUGCCCAAUGUGUUGGCAAUCUAUUAGUCUCAAAGACCCCACAAGUCAGGAGUUGCUUGAGGCUGUUGAACAGGAGAGGAAUUUCCGCUUCAAUCCAGCUAGAAAUGCCACCAUAUUUCGUCACCCCACUCUUGGUGAUUUUGAAUUACAACAUCUGCCAGUGGGGGUGGAUAAUGCAGAGAUUGAAGAACGAAUCAUUCAGCACUUGGCUGCUGCUGCUGCUAUGGGACGAGCAAGACAUGGGGUAAGAAGGGAAGGCCACAGAAGCAGGUCGUCAAGUCAAGGACAUCCACAGUUUAUGGUGUUCUCUUCACAUCCUAAUGCUUCUUCUCCUCCACCUCAUCCUCCCAUGCCUUCUUCUCCAUCUCAGAGAGGUGAGAGUGACACAGUCUCAAACCUUCCUCACAAUACCUUAGGGGAGGGUUCUCAUCAGUCAAACACGCAGCCACCAACUUCUUCUCAUCCCCGCCAGGUUUCUCCUUCGGCAUCUGAUUCAAACAGCAGGCCUGUUAAUCAAUCUUCCCCAAGUGAUCAAGAUAGAGCUGGACCAUCAGAACUCCAGUCAUUUUCGGAAUCACUAAAGUCUCGAUUAAACGCUGUCUCCACGAGAUACAAAGAAUCGAUAUCAAAGAAUACAAGAAACUGGAAAGAUAGACUUUUUUCUCGCAACACUUCCAUGGCUGAUCUUGGCUCUGAGGUUAAAAGAGAGGUCAGCGCCGGAAUCGCCACUGUGUCCCGCAUGAUGGAACGUCUAGAAACGAGAGAAAACAGUAGACCCAGCACUGCAUCUGUAUCAGAUGUCUCUGAAAAUCACACUCCUGAAUCAAACAAUGAGCAUAAUAAUAGAUCAGAAGCGGGUGAUGAACAUUCUAUGAAUGAAAGAGGUGUUAAAGAAACAUGUGCGACUGGUUCUGGUUCAAGCUAAUAAGCAAGUGCCAGCACCUUGUUGGCAAAGAGAGAGGAAGAUGUUGUCCAUUGUGAAAUUCUGAUAAUAUAUAUAUACACAGAGUCGGAAGUCUCAAAAGUGUGGGAGCAUAGGAAGAAGGUUUAUUGAUAACAUAAAAGAGUUUUCUGAUUCUCAAUAAAUAAGAAAAAGGUUAUAUAUGACCAAAAGUAGGCCUUAAGACGCCUUCUUCUGUGUUGUGUCAAACAAACGAAAAAAAAACUAAAGAGAAAAAAUAGAGUAAAGACUAUGUGUGUUGUUGGUUAUUUGGUCGGUCUGUUGUAAAUUCAUUGUUGUUCACUUUACGGAUUUCUAUGAAUUUCUACUUAUGUAUCUUCAAAAACUUGGCCUAGCAAAACCAAUUUGAUGCA